AUGUCCAUUCUUAGUGAUGCUGAGAUGCUCGAGCAGAUGCAGCAGCGUCUUCAAAGUGUAACUGCUGCCAAAAGUGCCAAUGCGGCAGCAGGGAAGCAACUGGAUGAGAAGCUGCGGGUAGCAUUAAAUAAUCCACCGCGUCGUCCAAAUAUGUCCGCUGAACGUCUAAAAGAAGAGAUGGAGCGUAAAGAAUGGCAUCGAAACACUACAUCGAUGGUCUCUAGUGAUGAGCGUGUGUUACUUCGCGAAAUUCAGCAAUUAAAAGAGAAAUUAUCGCAACAAGAAGCGUGCGAUGAAUUUCAAGCUAAGAUUGACAAAAUGCGUCAGGAACGUCAAGAACGUUUUGAGCAACAUAAACAAUUUGACACGACACUUCAGCAAUUACAGCAAGGUAUUCGCAAACUGACGCUUGCUGCACACCUGAAAACACCUGUCGUGGACUUUGUUACGAUUGAUGUCACGGUCCCGGCCGACAAAAUGGGCACAGUGAUUGGCAAACAGUAUAGUCACGUCCAUCAACUAGAAAAAGAGUGUUGUGUUAUUCUUGAAGUGGACAAUAAAGCCAACGUGAUAACAAUCACAAGUGCCCCAAAACAGGUACAAGCAGCGAAAGAAGUGAUUGAAGAUAUUACACUCGCCACAACGCAAUCUAUUGGACUCCAUCCCGAUGCUGUUAAAGUAUUAAUGUUUCAACAAGCGAAACAAUUGCACGAAUUGGAAAAAACACUCAAGCUUAAGCUUAAUAUUAGCAAGACAGACGGGAUUUUGACAGUUGAAGCCUCGCCUGACAAGACAGUACAGUUGAAAAAAGCCAUUGAUGCUCUAACAGCUGGCAAAGUUGACAUUUUAUUACCGUUGGAUAUCGUCCCAAAGCUAAUUGGUAGUAAGGGGGAGACAAUUAAUCAGCUCAUGGAAGAUACAGGAGCACAUGUUGACAUUGAUAAGGUGACGAACAAUGUACGUCUUGUUGGCACAAAAGAGAGUGUGGGGAGUGCCGAGACCUUUAUUCGUGAACUCAUUAGUGAGCAGUCUCAGCGUGAAAAGAACUAUACGCUGGAAGAUCGAGAAAUAUUCAAGAGUCCAGUGUAUACUAAGUACAAGUUAGCGUUCUUUGCCGAGUUUUUGAUGGCUGAUAAGGCUAAACAAUUGCGUUUGCUUCGUACCGAUGCGCUAGACGCUCGUAUCAAGGUGUUUAAAAAAGAAGGUCGUAUUCACGUUGUGGGUAAUAAGAAGCAAAUUGAUGCAAUGGAUGAUGCGUUACGCGAACGACUUAAGGAGUUUGAACAUCAUCACUGGAUGCAUGAAGUGGCUGAUAAUCACUUACUAAGUCUUAUCAUUGGCAAAAAAGGAAGCAAGAUUAAAGAAAUUGAAAAUGAAGGCAAAGAAAAUAACGUUCGUAUUGAUAUUGAAGACACAUUCGUGUGUGUUUUUGGUGACAAUGACGAAGCAAUCAGUACUGCGAAGGCAAAAAUAAUGGACAUUAUUGACACAAAUCAACGCUCCAUCUUUGUAACGUCACGCUACUUGAUUGCUAUUUUGAUGUCAUCUAAGCGUGAAAAGCUGUCGGAUAUUGAAUCAAGUAGUGGUUGCAAGCUGCAUCUGCCUAAGCAAUCACACGAAGAAGUAGCCCGAAGCAGCGAGAGUGAAUCUGAUCAAAUUAAAAUCGCACUCACGGGUACACUUGAGGCAAUACAAAUUGCAAAGAAGCAAUUGGAGGAGCUGGACGAGGCACAUCAUGUUCGAUACUUGCCGCUUGAUAGUGAUGAAAUUCCAACUGUGAUUGGCAAGAAUGGAGAGACUGUUUCCGAGCUGGAAAGCAAGAGCGGGGCCAAGGUUCGAGUGUUGCGAGGUAAAAAUGACCAGCCAUCUGAGCUGGAAAUGAUUGGCACAGAUGAGCAGCUGAAAAUUGUACAAGCAGCAGUCGAUGAGCUCUUACAGACGCAAAAUCGUCAACUUUUGCAGCUGGAUGCCUUUGCAACACGCUGUUUGAUUGGCAAGAAGGGUGAACGCAUCAAGGCGAUGCGGCUUUCUCACCCAGAAGCCACUUUAGAUGCUUAUUCAAACCGUGGCCAGGUUCGCAUUAAGGCUGCAUCCCCCGAAGCUCUUAAGGCCUGUGUUGAUGAUGUGCUUAAGACUUUACAAGAAACUCACGUGAUUGAAAGUGUUUACAUGUCGCGAGAUCCCCGAAACGAUACAAAUUUGCCGCGUGGUACCGCCGGAUCUGCAGUGACUGAUUUUAAAACAAUUUUGGAGAAGCACGAAGCAAUUGCUUUGCGAUUACAGGAGCUAGUAGCAGAAGGCGGCGAGGGCAUGAAAGUAUCAUUUCAAGAUGAUGGGAAUGUGGCGAAGAUCCGUGGUCCCGCAAUUGGAAUUGGCAAGAUUAAAAAAUUUCUCGAAAUGCUAGUGUCACCAGACUCGCAUUUUGUAGAGACUAUAUCUUUGCCCUCUGUUGCAUUUGCUAGUGCUUUGGAGGUGAAGGGCGAACCUUCAAAGCUGAACGAAAAUGCAUUGCGUAUCUGUAAGCAAACUGGAUGCGAAAUACGCAUCAGGCGUUCACUAGCCGCUCCGGGUGCGACUGAGGAGGGUAUAAUUCGCAUUGAAGGUAAUGAUGCUUCCAAGGUGUUCGAAGCCAAAGCUGAAGUAGAGAAUGUGCUUCAAUUUUAUUAUCCUGAUUGCUUUCAGACGCUUGACGAUUUGUCUCCGUCUAUUGCGACCCGUGUGUAUGAACUACUGCCUACUCUUCGUGCUAAGUACAACUUCGUGUUCUCGCGACCUACGAAGUCAAGUUUUAAGAUAUUCACAGACUCUAAGACACACACAGAGGAAAUCAUAAAAGAGCUGAUGAAAGAAAUUGAAGCGUGGAAACAGCAGCAGAUUGAAUUAAGUAUUCCGGGCUGGCUUGUGCCUAUUUUGCUGGGCCGCAAUGGCGAAACCAUCAAGAAAAUUAGCGCAGAAACCAAAUCUCGUCUGGACUUGAACUCCCCAUCUUCUUCCAGCAAUCGCCACGAAGACCGUAUCCUCACAAUAAGCUCAAGAGAUGAUGAGGCUGUAAAAUUUGCAUCUGAAAAAGUGCAAGAAAUGCUUACGAUCCACAAAAACAGGUCUUCAGUUGUGGAUGUCGCCAAGGAUAAGCUAGACAUUGCUCUAUCUGUCAAAAAAAGCGCGGCCAAGGGUAUUCAAUUUUACGUGAUUGAUGGUGAGAUGAAGAGUGGCUUACAAGUCGUGAUUUAUGGUGAAGACCAUGACGAGCGUGAGCGCUUAGUGGAGAAAAUGGAGCAUCAUCUCGAGAUGUUUGUGGUGGAGACCGUGGCUUUGCCCUCAACUGUGUCUUCUGCAUCUGCAAAUUCCAUGCUUGGAUCUCUCAUUGGCAAGAGUGGCGCCAAUAUUCGUGCUCUGCAAUCACAAUUUCCAAGUGUGAUGCUUGAUAUUUGUCGCAAUGACUUCUCUAUCACGUUGAAGGGAUUUGUAGAAGAAGUUGCGAAAGCUCGCAUUGUAAUUGAAGACAAGAUUCAAGAAUUGUUGCGUAAUGAGGAAGAGUUUCAAAGACGCCGGAACACUCGCGUAAACCAUGAAGCUGAAAUGCAAGACAAUGUAGAGAAAAGGCGUGCCGACCAAGCCGUUGAUGAAAUUUUGCAGCCGAAUAUGGAGCAACAUCGACAGCAACAGCAAAAGUCUGCGAAAUGUGUUGGUCCGAUAGGUGGGACCCCAUCUAUGGGAGAGUCGAAACUUACCAAGAACCAGCGGCGUCGCAUGCGGAAGCGUGCCGAGAACGAAAAGUCAGAUGUCUUGUCGAUGCUGGUCGGUGAGGGUCAAGGCACAUCAACAAGUUCAACGACAAACGUGACUGUCAAGACGAUGAAUAGUGGGGUGGCCACUAGCAUCACAACCACAACAAAUGUGAAAACGGAAGGCAAUGUUGGAUACUAUCACUCAUCGAGUGGCUACUCGCUGCGGUUGUAA